AUGCUAGCUGCCGAAGAUUUAUCAGACUUGAUCAAAAAAACUGAUCCAUCCGUAUCUUACUAUAAUCCACUUGAAACAGACAACAACAGCUCAAAAAAAAGAAAACGAAGUGAACAUUGGAAUGGAUUUCAACAAAUAUUAGUAAAUGGUGUUAAACAAAAUUACAUUAUCUGUAAUAAUUGUCAAAUUUUACUGAAAUGGCGAGCUGAUGAUGGUACAAACGUAAUGAAAAAGCACACGAUUGGAUGUAAAUCUCAUUCUGCUGUUCCAUCAUCAUCUAGUCAAUCCAUAUCUACGUUCUUCACAGUUGAUAUACGAAAUAAAUCACAUGCUACUCGUUUAGUAAAACAUAAAUUGAAAAAAGCUAUUGCAGAAUGUUGUAUUCUUGAUAAUCGUCCAUUUGCACUAGCUGAUGGUCCUGGUUUUCAAAAAAUAAUUCAUGAAGCAAUGUCAAUUGGACGUUCAUUAGGUAAAGCAAUCCCAGUUGAAAAAAUCAUUCCCAAUCGAACAACAAUUAGUCGAGAAAUCGACGCUAUGUACACGUUCAGAAAGAAUCAAUUAAAAAAAAUUAUCAAAAGUAUCAACCGUUAUUCAAUAACUGUCGACUUUUGGACAGAAUCGCACACUGGUGUUAAUUUUGGUGGUGUUUCACUUCAUUGUUAUUUCAAAAAACAUGGUUUAAAAUCUAUGGUGCUUGCUUGUCGUGAAUACGAUUUACCUAAUAGUAAAAGUCCUAAUAUACGUGCAUUUACUGAAGGCAUCUUAUCUGAAUUUGAUUUAACAAUAAAUGAAAAUGUCUAUAUAGUAACAGAUAAUGAACCUAAAAUGAAAGCAGCAUUUAGAGACGGAGCUAAAAGAAUUGGAUGCUCCGCACAUUAUGUCAACAAAAUUAUCGAGCAUUCAUUAACAAGUAUUGAUAUUGGUUGUGAUCUAAUUCAGCAAACAUUUAAUCAAGUCAAAACAAUUGUUACACAUAUUAGACAAACACAUAUACAAACAAAAUUAUCUCAUUCAAUCAAUUUAUUUUGUAAAACCAGCAUUUGUCCUCAACUAAAAGAUGAAUUUUAUGAUGUUUUAAAAGAAGAGAUGAAUAAACGACAAUCACUUGAACCAAAGACACAUACAACAUCUGCUAAACUAACAACAGCUUCAGCUACACUAAAAAGAAAAAGAACAAAUUUACUUGCUGAUUGUUAUGAUCCUGAUCCUGAUCCAUUAGAUGAAACUAUAUCAAAUGAUGAAACAGAAAUUGAAAAGUACAUAAAAGCAUGUUUUACAUUCGAUCCAGAUACAGAUGAUUUUUUCGACUUUUGGGAUAAACAACAGUAUACUUAUCCACUACUAAGUUCAGUUGCUUUUGACAUCCUUGUCAUUCCGGCAACAAAUACUAGCGUUGAGCGGUUAUUUUCAACUAGUGCAACAAGUGUUACAAAUAAAAGGACACGAUUGAAUACAGCCAAAAUUGAUAAAUUGAUAUUUCUCAAAAGUAAUUUGACAUUUUUAUCAACAUUUCAUUAUGUUAAUACUACAAACAGUUCUUCGAUGGAAAAAUUAGUAAACCAAGAACUAUGUGAAAUUGUUGAUGAUUCAAGCAACGAUGAGGAAGACAAUGAAACUAGUAAUAAUGGAAAUAAUUAUGAAGACGAUGUGUUUUGA